AUGACACAAGAUUGUGGGUCUUUCAAGGGUGUGCUAAGGUCUUCUGGAGGCCCUCCAAUUUACAUUGUCCGUGUCUCAGAAUGGCUGUCUGCCAUGGUGCAUCCGACCAAAGAGAUCAUGGAAAGCUGGCCAGCACCCAACUUCGUCGAUCCCGUGACAAGAGGCCCCGGGCUCACAGUCGUGAACAUUAUUUUCAUAAUACUUGUAUUCGUCGUUGUGGGAUUGAGAUACUACACGCGCCUGCGGAUCACAAGAAGCUUUGGUCUCGAAGACUGGGUAAUUGGCAUUUCUCUGUUGUGUGUCUCGAUUUCGGCCACUCGUCCCCUGCUUGCCAUCUAUCUACCACAACUCCUUGAAUCACAGCGUCCAUUAACUAGGGCAUUGAAAGAAGUCUAUGAUUCGAAUGAGUUGUCAGACGCAUCGCCUCAUCCGGCGAACCUACACAUCCCAGAGAAAGAGAUACCAGGGUACUCCUCUAAUGUGCACCAACCGACUGCCAGAGAUCUUGAGCGUGGGGUAAAUACUGGGCACGACGAUGAGGAUAAAGUCACGUUGGGAAUUCAUUGA